CAUAAUAGAGAUGAAGAUCCAAAUUUUACUACUCUUUCUCUUAACGUUUCUUUUAGUCAAUUAUGUAAAUACAGGAAAAUUGGGAUCCAUCUCGCGAGGCUUGUCACGAGGCUCAUCACGAAGUUCUUUUUUGUCUAGAUUUUUUGGAUCUAGUUCAAGUUCCAGUUCUAAGUGGAACCAUAGAAGUUCAUCAGGCAGCCAUACAACGGGAUCAAGACAUUACGGAUUUGGAAGUUCAUCAGGUGGACACACGACAGGGUCAGGCUCCACUGGCCAUGGAAGUUCAUCUGGUGGACACAUGACAGGAUCAAGUCUUUUUGAACAUAGAAAUUUAUCAGGGGGACAAACGGGAGGAUAUUUUGGAAAUUUAUUAAAGGGAUUACCAAGAUCAAGCCCGACUGAAACUUUAUCGAAUCAAAAGAAGUCUUUGCAUAAACAAGAUAAAGAUGUAUCUUCGACGUUUUUACAAACUGAAGGAGGUGCCACACGACAUUAUUAUGUAAAUGCAGGAAGAUCUGGAUUCUCGCGAAGCUCGUCAUCACGAAGUUCGUCAUCACGAAGUUCAUAUUCUUCUUCGUCUAGACUUGGAUCUAGUUCAAGCUCCAGUUCUAGACAUGGAAGUUCAUCUGGCAGCCACACAACGGGAUCAAGACAUUACGGAUUCGGAAGUUCAUCAGGUGGACACAUGACAGGAUCAAAUCCUUUUGGACAUAGAAGUUCAUCAGGGGGACACAUAGGAUCAAAUCCGACUGCAACUUCAUCGAGUCGAACCUCGCAUCAACAAAAUAAAGAUGCAUCUUCGACAUUUUUACAAGCUGAAGGAGGAGGUGCCACACGACCCUCUCAAACUAAUUCCGGACAAUCUGAUCGACUAUCAGCACCACAUGGCAGUACAGGAACUUAUUCUGGGAGUCAUGGAACAUCAGGCUUUACAACAGAGAGUAAACAAAAUUCUGCACCAUAUCAUCCAUCAGCACCGCAUAAUCCAUCAGCACCGUAUAAUCCAUCAACACCGCAUAAUCCAUCAGCACCGUACAAUCCAUCAGCACCGUACAAUCCAUCAGCACCGUACAAUCCAUAUAGUUCAGCAGCACCGUCGACUAAUCAUUUGUCGAAAUCCACUGUGGUACCUUCGCAAAAUCAUGCUCCAACUUCUUUUGGCCAACCAAGCGCGCCUUAUAACCCAUCACAAGGAACUGCACCUAGUAAUCCUCCAUGGAGCAAUCCUCAUUUCAAUCCGAGCCAAUCUCACCCACCAGGUCCCACUUCUACUAACAUCGGCUUCAAAGAUCUGCAUCCAACUUCGAUGCCCAUUCCUUCUGCACCUAACUCGCAUCCUCCUUAUCCUACUUCUGGUUUUAAUCCUCCUCCUUAUCCCAAUCAUCCCUUCAGUCAUUCGAAUCAACCUCACGUACCUCAUGUACCUUCCACGCACAAUCCCAGUAAUUCUUUUCCCAGUCAAUCGUUUGGAUAUCCUUCCAGUUACCCAGCGCAUAUUCCGCCACCCGUAUCAGGUACAUUCGGAAAUCCUUAUUCUACACAUCCCGUCGGCGGAACGUAUGGCUCAGCUGGACACACUUAUUAUCCUCAACAACAUGUUCUGGCGCAGCCGGCAGCGCAACCAUACAUACCUGGACAAACAGUCAUAAUGGUUCCCGGUCAACAAGACACCGGCAGAGGCUUUGGUCAGAUGGUGAAAGAAGCACUUGUAUUCUCCACAAUCAACGCCGGUGUGAAUAGGCUGAUAAAUCCGCAUCAGCAUUAUGUGCCUGAUUACAGUAGUCUGAAUAGAGAUACCAGUCCGAGUAGUGGUACCAGUGAAACGCAUAUAACUUACAAUAAUCAUUAUUUUAAUACAGUUGCUCCGGGUAAUGUUUCUCCGGCUUCAUCAAAUAUACCUCAAGGAAAUGUUCCCGUUGCGUCUCCUAUCAAUCCAAAUCCCAAUCUAAAUCUAGUGAACAAUCCAGUUAUUACUCCGGGUGUAUCAAUUCCUACUAUUGUAAGCAACAGUAGCACAACGUAUCCAGUUGGUAGUUCCAUAAACACAGUAGGUACAGCUAACAAUGUGGAAACUCCUUCAGUUGUACCUCCUAAUGGAUUUUCUACUAGCAAUAUAGGAAAUAAUCAAGGAAUGUCCAAUCAAGGAACAGCUAUUUAUUCUCCGCAAUAUAAAAUAUCAGAUGACGAUCUAUUAAUGUUGACCGAAGAGUUAUUCGUGAAACAAGAAGUCGACAUAUCCAAGUAUUUGACGUUACAUCUUCAGAGUAAAUCUGAAAACGUAACCGAUGCAGCUAACGGACCAUUAAUUUACGUGCAAGAAGAGGCAUAUGACUAUCCAACGAUCUUAGCUAUUCGAGCUUUGUACGACAAUUACGAACACAAUUCUAUUGUGAAAGAAACUCGUACAGCGGAAAAGCGAAAGAGAGAGGACUUUCUAUUAGAUAUGUUUGUUAAUACGAAUGUGAUGGCCAGAGCUCUACGAUGGUUAUCAGAUCGAGGUUUCAUCGAUCCCGAUGAUUUCGAGAGAAAGGACACUUUGCGGCGUAUCUGGUUCAACAUGUUUAAUGGUGCUACGUCAGGUUUUGAGCGAGUGUUCACAUCUGAAAAAUAUGGUACGGAGCUUCUUGGGGUACAGGACUGGAUCUAUUUUAAUUAUCAGGAAUCGAAGGAUCGUAUUGAUUACAUGGGAUACGUUGAUAUUAUGAAGCUUGGCGACAGAGCCUCAUUGGUGAAAUUGAACUUCCAAAUGGAUGACAUUAUUAGACCAAACGUAACGAUAUUCGUGGGCACGCUUCCCGAACUUGAAAUGGCUUUGUACACGAUAUGUUUUUAUACCAGGCCGAAUAAUUUAUGUCCCGUUUCACUUGGCGGAAAGAAAUUUAAUAUUUUCACGCAUUCAUUUAGAUAUUACGGGCAAGAUCUUAUAGAUCUUGCGCUUCCUAUUUUCUAAUUCUGUAUCAUAUAAAUAAAUUCUUGGACAUGUGUGCAGUGUUGGGUAAGAUACUCUUAAAAUUUAUCUUGAUACAGAUACAGUUACAUGUACGAAAAUUUAUCUAAAUACAGAUAUAGACAUAUUAAAAUGUAUACAG